UUUUGUUUAAAACUCGCACUAAUAGCAGCAUUGCCUGCCAGUUAUGGAGGUCUAGAUGGCCGUGUGAUAUAUAUUGAUACUGAGUCAAAAUUUAGUUCAGGCAGGAUGAUAGAGAUCGGAAGGAAUAGUUUUCCUGAGAUAUUUAAUUCUGACGGCAUGGCACGAGAGAUGGCCGGAAGGAUAAUAGUUUUGCGCCGAACAUCAAUGUCAGAAAUUACUGAGAGCCUGCAACAGAUGAAAUUGAAACUUCUUCAGCAUGAGGUGAAGCUACUUGUCAUUGAUAGCAUGGCUGCACUUAUUUCAGGGGAAAAUGAAAGAUGUGGCACUAUAUCUGGGAAACAGCAGCCCAAAUGUUCUUUUUCGUUUUUGAAGUCCAUUGCUGAGUUUUCUCGCAUACCUAUUGUGGUAACAAACCAAGUGCGAGGUCACAACAAUGAUGAAAUCUCUCGAUAUUCAUUUUUAGCAGAGAAAGAUGCUAAUCGUGAUUCUGAGAAGUUUGAAACUCACCAUGUUGCAGCCUUGGGGAUUCAAUGGGCCCAUGCUGUAACCAUACGUCUUAUUUUUGAGGCUCAUUCAGGUCAGAAAUUUAUAAAGGUGGCAAAAUCUCCGAUCUCUCCUCCACUAGCAUUUCCAUUUAGGGUGUGUUCCUCAGGGAUCACAUUACUCUCUGAUAAUGGUAUCGAAAUGAUGGGGCAGGAGAUCAGUAUGAUCCGUUGCCAAGGUCACAGUAUUCUUUAAUUUGUAGUUAUACUACUACUGCCGCCUGGGAAGUGAGCUUCGAUGCCUGGAAUGUUUACUUCAGCUUUACAUAGAAUCUUUGAUCCUAUUAUACUGUCACAAAAUUUACUGAACUGGUUCACAAAGUGAUCAAUAUUUAGUUAAAAUGUUUAUUACACAGCCUUUAUCCUCAAAAACCAAUCUCCAACCUACUAGAUGUGCUCUUCAUAAAUCUUGUUUGGCAGCAAGCUUUAUUCUUUAUUUAACCAAAAGCUCAAAUCUCAAACUCCUCAUUUUUUUCAAAAAAAAUCGAGAAAGUACAAGGAAGCAACAUGUCUUAGUUUUUGUUUUGCAUGUAUUGGGGAGGGGAGCAGGGGACAAUAUUUAGUUCCACAUAGGCUUCUAAAGAUGGCUAGCAAUGUAGACUUUGCAUGUGUUAUU